AUGUCACCCGCACUUGUCCACGACAACGACAACAACAGCAGCACGACCAACAUCUUCAACAAAGACAAGAGCUUCUGGAACAACUACAACAAAGGCCGGCCCCACCCGCCCGAAUCUCUCACCAAUCGCAUUUUCAAGUAUCACGAGCAGCAUGGGAGCAGUUUCGCGACGGCCCACGACGUUGGUGCAGGAGACGGGCCGUACGCAGCUAAGCUGAAGGCGCGCUUCGCUCACGUCAUCGUGUCGGACAUCAGCGCGUCCAACGUCGAGCUUGCAAAGCGACGGCUGGGGCAAGACGGCUACUCGUAUCGCCAGGCCAGGGUUGAGGAUGCAGGGAGUGUCGAGGAUGCCAGUGUCGACCUGGUUUUUGCCGCCAAUGUCAUGCACUUCCCCGAUCAAGCGCCCGCCAUGGCGGCUAUUGCGCGGCAACUGCGGCCCGGCGGUACUUUUGCCGCGGCUGCGUUCGGGCCGGCUCGCUUUGACGACGAAGCGCUGCAGGCGCUAUGGGAGCGAAUCAGCGAGCAGGGCGGCCAAGAGCUGCUUGACAAGGCGGGCGCUGAGGAGCAAGCGAAGACCAUGGCCGUCAUGGCAAGGACCGAGGGUACAUACAACACGGCACCCCUUGACACGUCCCUCUUCCUGCCGGGCGCCCAGCGGGUACACCUCAACAUGGACCGUGGCGGUCUGACGGGCAUGCUGCCUGCAUCCAAGGCGCACCUCAACACCGAACCAAGCCACACAGGGCCCAACGAUGUUGAGGUAUGGGAGGAAGAGGCGGGCUGGGAGUUUGAAAUGGACCGAGCGGCCGUCAAAGAGCAUGCCCUCUCCUUCCCCUUCAUCUCAGAUCAGUCGCCUGCCAUGGCGCGCUUGUUCGACGAGUUGGACUCGAUGCUGCCACCCGGUACGUCUGCGCGCGGCCGAUGGCCCGCCAAGAUCAUACUUGCGACGAGGCGAUGA